AAUAUUAUUUUAUUAAUUUAAAUAAGAUAACAUUAAUCUCUGGAUUCCAUGCGGACCAAAUUUAAGUAUAAAUUAGUCAUUGUGUUGUCGAUCCUCGAACGGAUGCAGCAAAUAUUUAAAAUGUUAUGAUGAAGUUGGCAAUUACAUUGUCAAAGUUCAUUGUGCAGGGGGCAGGGGAGACAGCGAAAGAAUUAUAUCGCCUUUAUUUGCAAAUUAUCGUGUUUGGUGCGUGAUAGUGAAUUUUAAAUGUAAAAAUAUAGCAACAUCAUGGAAACCGUUUUCGAUAUUGAUGAUGUUGAAACCGUGGAAUUAUCAGAUUCUGAGGAUGAAAUCGAAAUUGAUGAGAGUACCUGCAUAGAUGAGAACCCCAAUCCUAAUGAAGUCAUUGACUUGACAGAGGGUGACUUUGAAACUUUAGAACUAACAGAAGAAAAUGUCAAUCCAACGCAAGAGCGCAUGACUCCGAAAGAUUUUGAUCUGCUAAAAGUACUUGGAAAAGGAGGCUACGGCAAAGUUUUUCAAUGUCGUAAAAGAAACGGCAGGGAUGCCGGAAAAAUAUUCGCCAUGAAAGUAUUAAAAAAGGCUUCCAUCGUAAGAAACCAAAAGGAUGUAUCCCACACGAAAGCGGAACGAAAUAUACUAGAGAGUGUUAAGCACCCGUUUAUCGUACAGUUGAAUUAUGCAUUCCAAACCGGUGGAAAGCUGUAUUUAGUUUUGGAGUAUCUAAGCGGUGGCGAAUUGUUUACGUAUUUGGAAAAAGAAGGAUUAUUUUUGGAGGAAUGUGCUUCGUUUUAUCUAGCCGAAAUUAUUUUGGCAUUGGAACAUUUGCACAGCUUGGGUAUUAUAUACAGAGACCUUAAACCUGAAAACAUUCUAUUGGACAGAGAUGGGCACAUAAAACUUACAGACUUUGGAUUAUCGAAAGAACACAUUCAGGAUAACACCAGAACCCUCACUUUUUGUGGUACUAUUGAAUAUAUGGCGCCAGAGAUUUUAUCAAGACUUGGCCAUUCGAAAGAGGCAGAUUGGUGGUCUCUUGGUGCCUUAAUGUUUGAUAUGCUGACGGGAGCUCCGCCGUUCCACGGAGAAACAAGGAAGUUAACAAUUGCUCUCAUCCUGAAAGCGAAGCUGAUAUUCCCUCAAUUCAUGACUAUGGAUUGUAGGGAUUUGGUGAGGAGAUUACUAAAGAAGAAACCACAAGACAGGCUGGGUGCACCGCCGGAAGGUGCAAAGGCAAUCAAAAGGCAUCCGUUUUUUAAAAAUACCAAUUGGGACGAUGUUUAUAACAAAAGAAUAGAACCGCCUUACAAACCUUACUUGCGAAGCGAAGAUGACGUGUCGCAGUUUGAUCCAAAAUUCACCCGUCAGACUCCAGUCGAUUCCCCCGUAGAUUCGUUUUUAAGCGAGAGCGUUAAUAAUAUUUUUCAAGGAUUCACCUAUGUGGCCCCGUCAGUUCUGGAGGAUUUGUACAGGCCUUCCAACUCUCGUUCCCCUCGCAGAUCCGGGUCUUCCUUCCAUCAGCAAACCUUCGGCUUCAAUAUACCUUCCAGAUCGAAUUUGCAUCAUAACAUACCGACGACUUCCAGUCGCUUCGAUCCAGGACACUCUGUUCCUCCUCCCGUCGACGGAGACAACAGCUUAAGACAAAACGGUAUCCCUAUCCAGCGAAAUUUCAAUAACUACAUGACAGAAAGGAUGGAAGUGAGUAGCGGAGGGGUUAUACCAAACGUAUAGUAUGAUGCAACC